CAGCGGCGUCUCCGUAGAGAAGGGAGCCAGUGCGGCCGGGUCGCUGAGGAAUAAGGGAGGCGGCCUGCGGCAGUGGGUAGUUCACCGGGCUGGAGACACAGAGCACUCAACCCAACUGCUGCAGUAGAGAGAGAUCUGUGCCACCAUGACUAGAAGAGGGACUUAACCCUUGCAGAAAGGAUUUAACCCUGCCAAGAAGUGGCAGUUGUCCUGCAUUGGGUCCUCCCAGAUAACUUCGAAUAGGCAUUGCCAAUGGAUGAACUGGUGCAUGACUUGGCCUCAGCUUUAGAGCAGACUUCAGAGCAAAACAAACUGGAUGAGCUAUGGGAAGAGAUGGCGCUAAGCCCACGGCAGCAGCGGCGUCAGCUUCGCAAGAGAAGGGGUCGUAAGCGACGCUCAGACUUCACACAUCAGGCAGAACAUGCCUGCUGCUACAGCGAGGCUUCAGAGUCGAGCUUGGACGAAGCUGUCAAGGAUUGCCGUGAGGUGCUGACAGCUAAUUUCAGUGACUCUGAUGACAUGGCAGUGGUCAAACGGCAUCCAGCUCUUAGUGCCACCCUGAGGAGCAAGCAACACUUGUGGCAUGAGUCAGACUCCUUUACAGAGAAUGCGCCCUGCCGACCUCUCAGGCGCCGACGGAAAGUCAAACGUGUGACAUCAGAGGUGGCUGCCAGUCUCCAGCAAAAGCUCAGGGUGUCAGAGUGGAACUAUGAGAGGGGCUGCAGGUUCAAGUCAGCCAAGAAACAGCGUCUUUCACGCUGGAAAGAGAAUGCCCCUUGGACAUCAUCCAGUCAUGGCCUUUGCGAGUCAGGAGAGAACAGGCCCUUCCUCAGCAACGGGGGAAGGAAGGAGCGGAUGGAGUGUGAAGCCGAUGAUCAGAAACAGGGUUCAGAUGAAAACAUGUCGGAAUGUGAAACCAGCAGUGUUUGCAGCAGCAGUGAUACUGGCCUCUUUACCAAUGAUGAAGGCCGCCAAGGAGAUGAUGAGCAAAGUGAUUGGUUUUAUGAAGGAGAGUGUGUUCCAGGAUUCACUGUCCCGAACCUUCUUCCCAAGUGGGGAGCGGAUCACCGAUCUGAAGUGGAGAGGAUUGACUCAGGCCUGGACAAGCUCUCUGUUUCCACCUUCCUUUUGCCCUCACAGCCAGCUCAGAGAGGAUUUCAUGCUCGCCUGAAUCGCCUUCCAGGAGCUGCUGCCCGUUGUCUCCGUAAAGGUCGGAGGAGGCUGGUUGGCAAGGAGACUUCCAUGAGCACUCUGGGCACCGAGAGGCUAAGUCACAUUGUUAGUGAUCCACGCCAGAAAGAUUUUUGGUUACCAUCCAUGGGGAAGAGAGACCACAACCAGUUCAAUCCAUUAUCUCCUCUCUACUCUCUGGAUGUGCUUGCUGAUGCUUCCCACCGAAGAUGCUCACCAGCACACUGCACUGCCAGGCAAGCAAAUGUCCAUCUGGGACCACCAUGUUCAAGGGACAUCAAGAGGAAACGAAAGCCAGCUGCAGCCUCCAUGUCUAGCCCAACAUCAGCAACUUUAUCUGUCCACAUGGAUGCAGCAGAAUCAGAGCUACCAGCAGCACCAUCCUUGAGAUCCCAGAACUCUGAGUGGACUGGGAAAACACCAGCAGCUGAGAAAUCUACUAUUGCUGCCUCCAGUAACUUUUUUAAAAUGCCACCAGAGAAGAGCCCUGGAUACAGCUAAAAGGGAAGCACUGCAACUGUAAAGGCUUGCUCGACUUUGGAAGUGUUUGAUUCUGGUGUUUGUCUGCACCAAACAUCUUGUGUGGCAGUGUGGUAUCUUCAGUAUUGGUGCGUGGUACGUGCCAUCAUCCAGGCUGGUCUGUGUGCCUCACACACCUAAAUCAUGUUUGUGAAUCUAUGUUUGAGAAAAGGUAAUCAGUGUUGGGACUGCAGUGGCUUUUAGAAAUUUUCCUGCUAUCACUGUAUUUAUUACGAAUUCAUCUCUUUUCCUGGUUCCAGCUCAUAUGUAAAGGGUCGUGUACAGGUUUUCUUUGGGGUUUUCAGAUCCUUAUUCACCCUCUGGACAUGUUGCUCGUUUGUGUACUUGGCAUUUUCAGGGUGAAAGUCCCACUGCCAUUCAGGGAGGCAGGAGUCUCCCUCUGCUUGCUUCCAGACCAGAAGGAUUUCUUGGCUGGGGAAUGAGGAGGGAAUGCUAACACAUUGAAACAUGGAACCUGAAUCCUGUAUUAGAAGAAUGUUUUCUGGCCAUGUGCUAACAGACUCAAAUCAUGUUGCUUCUGGCAAAGCAAAUAUGGUGCUUGUCUUUGUAGAAAUUGCCAUUAGCACACUGGCGGCAUUGUCCAUUCAACCUUUUCCUUCUCCCUUACUCUGAAUGUGUUCAGUCUUUAUUGCAUAUUGCAUGUUCAUUCCUGAACCUCCUACUGGAUAAGGAUUUGGGAGAGCUACUUGGACUAAAUGUGCAAGCUGGUGUCCUGGAUGGAAAUCCAGAGCCUUGAAUAUUGUUGCAGUGUGGUAGAAGAUUAUACAAAACAUCCAUAUCUCAGUAUAUAAAUUAAAAAAUGUCUGUUAGUGUUGCUAAAGGAUGCUUGUUGAAGUUAACAUGCCAUUGAACAAAAAAGCCAUUUAAAGUGUCACCUGAGUUCAGAGCAUUAUAGGUAUAGAUCAGACUCCUUCUGUAUCAUGCUUCAUCUUCCUUCAAAAGUAUUGUCUGCUACACCUACUGGAGGUGUCUCCACCUGCUGAUAAUUGCACAUUACACUGCAGUGUACACUAAAGAGAUUCUCUUCGUAGAACGUCCACUUGGUCUGCUGUUACCUCCUGUGUUGCAGAAUACAUGGACAGGGAUUUCUUCUCUCUCUGUACUAACUCUGGAGCUUAUCUUCAACUAUGUUUUAAGAAUAUGUACUUGUAUAGCAUGUACCAAGGAACAGGUGGCCUCCCAGCUUCUUAAGUCCUUUAAGUCCUAUUUGUAUGAAUAGAACUUUUUGCUUUCCUUGUGUGGAGCUUUCAGACAGGACUGUUUAAACUUGUAAAAUCUGUUUUGAUUGUGGCAGUUCAUCUAGCAUUCUUAAGCAGACAGCAAAAUUUGUGAGAUUUUACUGAUUUUGCAGUGUUCUGUUCUCUUAUGAAUCAAAUGACUGAGGGACAGAUUUGAUUGGGUGAAUAUGAAGCAGUGAUUUAUAUUAGCUGUGUGUUAAAAUGGGAAAUGGUCAUAAUAUACACAAAACAAACUGAAUGACUGUAAAUCAUGAUUGACAGAUAUAGUUAGUUAUACUACAUGCACACUGUGUCUGAUCCCCUAAUACCUACUUAUUCUUGGGGAGACGUCCAAAUUGGAUUUAUAUUUUGCAGCACAAGCAAACUGUCAGAUCUGUCAUUAUAAAUCCUUCUCAAAACUCUUUUUUUUUCUUUCUUGUUUUUUUUUUAUUUUUUUUUUAUUUGCGUGGUACAUUUAAGAAGUAAUUAGAACAGGGAAACCCUUUUUACCUUAAUGAUGGAAUACAGAAGUCCAUUUGGAUUACAGGACAAGAUGUAAUAGUUUAUAAAGGAAGAAGUGUUCCUGUUUUAAAGUUGUCAUGGCUUUUUCUUAUUUGUAGCUAUUUUGAACAAUGAUGCCUAAGGGGUAACACAGGAAGUUUCAGCACUGGAGGGCCUGUAAUCUAAAACAUCUGAAAAGAAGGUAAACCUGAAGAGUAGUAGUUUGACUAUCUAGUACUCGUGAAUACAGUGAAUGGGAAAGGUGAGAAUGUUCCCCUGACAACUUGCAUAAAAAAUUUAGGAUUUGAAGCCUUGUAAUCUAAGCUGCAUGCUGCUCUAAUGAUAAUGAAUGGUUCCCUGAAAGAGUAUUUGUGAAAUUGACUGGUUUUGAUCUUGUGGAGUAUCCUUCACAACCUCUCUUAGUUUGAGUCUGUUCAAGAGAUUUACUCAGAUUACUGACCAUUCAGCUUUAUGCAAUAAAUACAAUUUAUUUUAUUUACAUACUAUUUUAGCCAUUGUAUUCCCUUUUAAAAAUCAGUUGUGAUAAAUCUUGCUGCAUUCUAAGUAUUGUCCAAAGAGUUUUUUUCUCUUCUGUGAUGUCAGGAUGCUUUAAAAGCUUUUUCAAGAAAGGUGUUAGGGAAUCAAGAGCUUUCAUCUCAUUGUAGUGGUGGAGGGUUGGGUUGCAAUGCUUCAUGUGAUUUUUCUCUGAGUGCAGGGAAAGAGAAUUUAUCAUAUUUUCCUGUUGAGGUCAGUAGCACUGUUAUCUGGUUAAGCCCUUACUUAGGUUGUAAGCUCCUAGGAGGUAUUUCUUGUCUUUAAAGGCAGAUUGUACCCGUGGCAGUACUGAAGAGCAGCUGUGGCAGUGUCUUGACAAGCCAUACUUCCUGCCAUGGCAACUUUCUGGAAGUUCCAGGAGACUCCAAUUAUUGCAGCUGCCCUGUCUUUUCUAUUUCUAGGUUAGAAUCCAUUUACAAAUCAGUCAGAUUCUCAACCAAAUUCUCCUGAGUGGUAGGCAACCUAAAUGGAUCAUCUCUCUUGUUACUCUAGGGUAUAUAAAAUAUAUCUUCAGACUUCAGUAACUUGAUACAGAUUUUAGUACCUACAGCAUUAUGAGAUGAAUAAAAUAAGUCCAUUGAUUUGCCUCUCUUUUUUCAUCUAAGGCAGAUUUCUUAGAACUCACUCUGCUCACACAGUACUUGGUGUGAAGGAUACUGCUUCCCGUAUGGAUUACUUGAGCAGAAAGGAGUAAUAACAUGCCUUGCUUUAGUUGCUGUGCUUCUGCCAAGAUGGUCCAGUAUGUGAUUAUUGCUCCAAAGAUACUCAGCUCACUCGCAUUUCACUUUUUGUGCACCAGGACUUCCCAGUCUUUUUUCAGUUUUGUCUUCUCUCUAGUUGUCUUCCUCCUUGUGCUUAUGGGACACUUCAACUUUGCAGACAGGACCUGGGAAUACCAUACUACAGUGACAAGCAAGUCUGGGAAAUUCCUGAAGUAUGUUGAAGAUAAUUUGUAGUCACAAGUACUCAACCAACUAGGAAAGAUCCCCUCCUAAACCUGUUAUUUAUUAAUGAAGAAGGAUUUUUGAGAGAUAUGGUGGUAGGUGGCUGCCUUUGCCACAGGAUCGUGAAAUGGGUCGUUUUAAAAUCUUUGAUGUAAUGAGAGAAAUGGUCAGCAAGGUUCCUACCCUGAAUGUCAACAGAGCUGACUUCAGGCAACUCAGUGAGCUAGUUACUAGUGUGCUGUUCCUUGAGUCUGGUCAGUUUUUAGGAAUCACCUUUUAAAAGGCACAAGAGCAGGUGAUCUCUGUGUUGAAAGUCAAACAAGCCAUGCAGAAGCCCAGCUGAACAGGGAACUCCUCUUGAAUCUCAGAAGGAGAAGGAUUCUAUGAUCUCUGGAAGCAAGGUCAAGGUUCACAGAAAAAUUACAGAGCUGUAGUUCACAUAUGUAGGGAGAAGAUAUUAAAGACCAAGACUUAAUUAGAGUUGAAACUGGCCAGAAUUGUUGUGUUAGACAAGCAAGGGUUUUUGAAGUACAUAAAUAGCAAUAGGAGGUCUAAGGAAAACAUUGGACUGAUAUUUGUUGUGAAUGAUCACCUGACAAAUUGGAGUGAAGAAAAGGUGGGGGGCAUUCAGUACUUUUUUUUUGCCUUGGUCUCAUUUUAAUACUGACAGACCUUGGGCUGCUCUGUCUUCUGAUUUGGAGGAUCGUUACUGUGGGAAUAGUGACUUUGUGCACAUGGAGAUUGUAAGGGACCAGCUGAAUGUUUGUAAGUCUAUAAAGCCAGGUGGGGUUCAUCCCAGAGUACUGAAGGAGCUAGUGGUUGUUGUAGCGUGACUUCUCUCAAUCCCUACCAAAGUCUGGGAAAGGUCUAUCUUUGGGAGUCUGGGAAAGGUUUAUCCUGACUAAAAUCUACUCAGUGUUAUUCUAGUUUACUAGAAGGGCAUGAAGUGAGACCCAAGAAACACAGACCUACUAGUCUAGCCCCAGUACCUGGAAAAAUUGUAGAGGAGAUCAUACUGGGUGCUACUGAAAGGCAAUUAAAGUCCUUUAAAUCAUAGAAUCAUAGAAUCUCCUGAGUUGGAAGGGACCCACAAGGAUCACCAAGUCCAACCAAACAGGUCUGGUGAGUGAUGUGGUGGUUGAUGGUGAAGGUGUUGAUACAUACCCCUUCUUGCCUCUGAGGACCUUGUGCAAUUGCAACAGUUUUUCACAGAUGGCAGUGACGAAUCUUAAAAUGACACACUUCUGUGUAUAGGGAGAAGAUGGACAGAAAGAGAAAUCAAAAACUGAGAGAAGCACGUUCCCUAGUUGUUCUUUGCACAUUUCUGGUGGUUCAGUGAGCUCUAGUCAGGAUUAGUGCCCAGCUUGGUAAGUCCUGAAGAAGACUGAACUAAAAGAAUGUAGUUCCUGUCAUGAUGGAUUUAUGAUUUUAAGGUACAGUAACAAGUGGAGAAAGCAGCAAAACAGGAGCUGGAGAGAAACUUGUUAGAGGCUGGGACUAGUGCUACUGGAUGAUAGAUUAGCUUUGUGAUUGUGGUAUGCAGAGGUGUGUCUUGCCAGCAUCAUUCUUGAAUAAUGACAUUGAGUAGGUUAGUGCUGUCCUUCAAACUGUAGGUGCUCUUGCUGUUAUAUUCUGGAUGUUGUGGAGAUCUGCUUAGUGGGCAGAGGAUGAGAAGGGAAAUUGUAGGAAGGGCAACAAGAAGCAUGAUGGAGUGCCUCUUUUAUUGUUGCCCCUUCUGUACUGAAGAAGGAAGAUGCUACAAAAACCUUGUGCCUAGAUACAUACAAAAAGUAUGUGUGCCUAGAUAUUGAAAAGAAAUUAUGUUAAGAGCAUAGGAACUUUGCUUCCUUGUCUUGAGGAACAGUUUGUAACCAGAGAAUUUUUCAGUAAAGGAAAAGUAAAGGAUACUACAUUUGUUCAGAAAAUGUAUUUUAAUGGUCUGUUAGGAAACCAUCAAAGGAAGAUGAACUUAUGUUCUCAUUGUUUUACUUCAUUUCUGUGGUUUUGUUUCCUGUAUUCUGUUCCAGUUUUUGUUUUGUGAUUGUGACAUCCUUUUGUACCAUCAAGUGGAGGAAAAAUUCUUUUCAGUAAUGCUUCUUAAGGCAUGAAGCAUAAGGGGACACUUGCUAUACAGGAGGUAAAAGAUUAUCCUUAGGCCAUUAACUUUACCCAGUACAAGGCUUGAACUCAGCACAGAGGACAUAAUGGCUUAAUUGUACCAAAGCCUCUCUUUUUAAGAGAGUGAAUAGUGCCACAGAUGAGUGCCACAGUGCCACAGGCAGGUCAGCUAAACUGGCAGCAGUGCCUGCAGACCCACGUGUGGCUGGGCCUCAUUCAUUUGACAUCUAAUACAGAUUUACAUUGUAGAGACAGAAGGAACUUUCAACAUCGUUCUCAACUUUAAUGUGGUGAGAAUGCCUUCCCAUGCAAGCAUGGCUGUCACUGUGAGUCAAGCCAGCUGAAAAUAUGUGCUCACUGGCUUGCUGUGUCAAGAGAAUUCUUGUACCAGCUUCAAGAAUUGGUAAAACUGGAAAAUGGACUGGUACAGCCUGUUAUAUCAGAGAAAGAUGCAAAAUAUAUAUACUUGCAGACAAUAAUCAAGAAAAGUAUUGCUGAGUCCUGGAUAUUAUGAGCUAGAGUAUUCAAUGUCCUGAAGCAGAGAUGCCAGUAUUAGGAUGAUCAGGGUUUUGCAAAGCUGCCCUCUUGUCCUUGUAAACUCUGAAGGAAAUGGGAUGAACAGCCUGAAAAAUGCUGUACUGUGUCAGACCAAAGGUCUGCUUGUCUUGGUAGUCUGUCUCUCACAGUGACCAGUUUUGCCUACCUGGGGGGUACUGUAAACAUAAAGCAGUAAUAUAGGGAUACUUUUUUUUAGUGUUCUCUUAGCCCAGUGUCCUGCCUCAAAAAAGAUGUACAAACUUUUUUUGAUGCUGGAGAAAACAUCUUUGAACUUUUGGUUAUAGUAUUUAUCCUGCAAUGGGAUUUAAAUAUAUUUUUACAAGGACACAUCCUGAUGAUGAAAACAUCAAGUAAGGAUUAGCAUAUCUUUUUUUGUAGUCAGUUUUCUUAUUAACUACUGUCUUUAUAAGUAAAUAGCAUCUUCUCUUGGAAUAUUUUUUUCCUAAUAUCAACAUCCUGACAUUGCUUCUUACCAUGCUUUUUUUUCAGCAAGGGUGAAAAAUCUUGUUCUUUCUUUUCAAUUGUGCUUUUUUGACAUGUAUUUGUAUGCCCAGUCAACAAGUCCUAUGUAAGCCACUAACCCAUAUAAAUCAUUUUUCAUAAGCUUCAUACUGUAAAACUUGUCAUUUAACCUCUAAUUGUGCUCCUGCAUGAAAAUCCCCAGUAUUCCAUAUGCAUUCAGUUCUAGUGUCUAUACUUAAAGUAUUCUUCAGAGUUACAAAGUAACUGUUAAGAGUCACCUGUGGUACUCCUCAUAGAGUGUUCUGAUAUUGCUAUUCAGGCUUCCUAUACUCAUAUAGCCAAAUAUGCUGCCAGUCUUUGCUGCCCAAACGAUGCUGUAACCACUACCGUAGGAGUGGUAUUCAGGCAGUUGAACCUAAAAUUCUUACCACUGCUUUUCAAUGUACAAGGUCCUAGAAAGUAAGAAUUAUUUUUUUUUAAUUCAAAAAUCUAUUGCAUUUCUUUUAGCAGUAUUAUAGUGCAAUUUUGUACCAAUCGUAUUUAUAGUUUGCAAUACUUAAGAGCUCAGUCUGUUUAGUUUUAUCAGAAGAAAAUCAAAAGUGUCAUGCCUGUGUGGUAGAAAACCUUUAUGGCAUUGGAAAUUCUAAGUAAUAAAGCAUCUUUUUUGUUGCAGGUGGCAUAUAAAUUAACUUGGAGCUAAAGCCUAGGCUGCCUAGAUUGGUGCAUGUGAGAUUUCAUUUCUGGAGGCAUUUCUAAGAGGCCCAUGAUCUGAGACUGGGCUGGUCUGACCGGAGUCCUUGGGCACUGCCGAAGUCCUUGAAUUCUCCCUCAGGUUUUGACAACACCACAUAGUGAGCCAAAGCUACCAUCAGUUGCAUUUCAGCUUCCUCCUGCUGUCAAAGAGGGCUCUCCUAGAGAUAGCUCACAAAAGGUCUACUCAGAGUCUGCAAAGAGCUGCCUUGUGCAUGUCCCACAUAUUUUAUGAGGUCAUAAGAUUUAGCUGUUUGAUAGGGGUUGGACUCUGGGUUCUUGGGACUUUAUUUUAAGGGUAAUAUGUAAAUAAGAAAGAUUCCUGCUUGUAUUCCUCUGUUUUAAAUAAGAUGUGUAUUCUCUGAAUGAGGCUCUUGCAGAAUCUCUGUUCUGAUUAUAGAAACUGGAAAUAAAUCAAUAUAUGAAAUAA